GUUUCAGGUAGAGGCAAUUUCCUUAACGUCAUAUAAAAAUGAACCUAUUUUAAUACUUUAAAAUCAAGUUUAUUGCUAAAAACCUUGUCAAGACGGUAUGAAAAUGUUUUCAUUGAUAUUUAAGACUAAAUCAAAAGCCAACGCUAACCGUUAAAUCACACCAGUCGACAAACUCGGUCAAGUCAUCUCAGAAUAGUUAACUAACUUGGACUUGAUAAUUAUUGAUAUAUUAGACUUGGUGGACUUAGUAAACUUGUUCGGUGGUAAUUCGCCAAUCGGUUUGAACUUUUAGGCAUAAUUAUUUAUCAUUAAUAUGGUAUUAUUUAUUUUAAUUUAAUAAGAUAGGAUAAGAUUCUUUUAUUGAUCCAAACAAAUGAAAUGGCUAUUUUGGAGAGAUAGCACCCUGACGUCAUUUGCCCCUGGUUGCGAUAGUGUCAAAACCCUGGUUCUAAUAGGGUCAAAACCAAGGUUAGGGAUACGUUUAGUUUAGGGAUAGAAUUAGGGUUGAGGUUAGGUUUAGGGAUACACUUAGGACAUAAGUUCAUGGGCCGCGGCAACCAAGAUUGCGGCCACUUUGCUAUCUCUCCAAAUUUACCCAAAAUGUUUCUUGAUUGCAUUGUUUCAUUGUACAUUUUCAGCACAUAGGCUAAAUAAAACAAUUUGAAUACAAGACAUAUACAUUAAAUUAUUUCACUAGUGAAAAGCCAUUUAGUGAAUGAACUCUCUUAGUCAGAUCAGGGACUUAUUAAUUCUUAAUUAGUUUUGUGACUUCGGGGGGAGCACGCUGUUAAAUUUGUUCAAAUUGAGGGGAAAAAAGAAUUGUUAUUUGUUUCAGUCCUCCCCCUGAGAGAAAGAAUAUAAAAGUAAAUAACACAUGUCUAAGAGAAAACUUAAGUACAUUAAUUAACUUGUUUGGGCUCCAAUAAUCAGUGCCAGCCUUAGACUUAGUUUAGCAAGUACAAGUUUAGUUCCCUUUUUUAUACUAUAUAAAUAUAAUAUAAGCAAGAAAAAAAAUGUGUUGUAAUUAUCCAGUUUAGGUGCCCAAACUUACAACAUUUCAACAUGCAAAUUAAGACAAUCAAGCACUUUUUUAAAGAAUAAAUUAGUACAAAAGUCAACAUGGAUAAGUUAGUUUCAAUUUUUCAUACCUUCACUGAACAGUGAACUGGACUGCGAUUUACCUCUUUAUAAGUGUAGUUAGUUAGACCUAGGUAUAAUAAUUAUUUUAUGCAUAGCCCUAUAACUAAUAUAUUAUACUACAAUGUCUAGUAUUAACUCUACCUGCCCUAACUCAAUUAUUACUUGUGACGUUUACUCUCUACUGAGAUGUUUAAGGGCGUACGGUAAUAUCUAUUAAUUAAAAUAACUGAGUGAGAGUACAUCAUCUGUGAUGUGUGUUAUGAAAGUUUUGAAACUAUACAACUGGAAGAUGCACAGCGUUCAGUGAAAUCACACUUUUGAAUUUAGGCACCUAAACUGGACAGUAAUCAAAAUGUUACCCUAGUAAUUAUAAAUGUUGAGCAAUCAUCUAUUCUAAUAUUUUUCAGUUUUCUAAGAAACCAUCUGUUCUAUUUAUUUUCUAAAAGUAUUAAUAAGACUUAUGGAAAUGUGAAAAUAAUAUAUUUAUUAUAGCCUAACUUAAGUUAAGCUCAAAUUCUUAAUUAGGUUAGUUUGUGAUGAGGAUUAGAGUUUAUUUAGUAGCUAAUGUCAUGACAAACAUAGCAAUUAAAAAUUAGUAGGACACUUAUGCAACAAAUGGUUUAACCACAAAUUUAUAAAAGUUUUACGAUUAUCUGUUAGCUAAUAGUUUAUUUUAAGAAAAAUUUGCCUGACUCAUUUUAACAAAGGAAAACUCUGAAUUAUUUCUGUCUUUUGAAACUCUUCUGAAGGUUUUCUGGGUAUGGAUACUGUAGCUAAACCAACCAAAUUAUUGUCAGGAAAUGUUGAACAAAGAUAUAAUCUUAUGUUUUUAAGUGUGAGUUUUGAAAAAGUUUUUUCAUCAAUUGCAUUUUGUUCUGGGAAUUUUAGCAAAAUUCACACUACCACACACAUCUUGGGAAAAGGAGCAAAAAGCCCAUUCAACAUAGUUCAUCUAAUAUGCCCCGUUGGCUUGAUUUUAUAUGUCAUUCUACUUUAUAAAGCAAAUAACUCAACAGCUUUAUUUAAUGUCAGCGAAAUUCUAAAUUUUCAGAUGCUAAAGCUAUUUAAAGGUCGAUGCAUUCUUUGAAAAAAACUUAAUUUUUAUCAUAUUUCUUUAGUUUUUUAAAUUCAUACAAAAACUUAAUAAGCAACUGAUGGAUGAUAGCUGUUGCUGGUAAAUGUACAAUAGGAUCACUAACUGAAUAAAUUACUGUAUCUAAAAUCUGGUUAAAAAUAAACUAAAAAAUUAUUUUCUGGUUCAAGAAUCGGAUCAUCUGGACCUUUCAUGUCAAAUUGUCUCUUUUAAGUCAAGAUUUAGCUGUCAUUCCUGGUGAGAAGUUUCUAGAAUACCCAGUUCUUCUACCAUAGAUUUAGCUGUUAUAAUUGCUUUAGCAAAGACUUUAUCCGUUCUUUAAUUCUAAAGGAUUGUAUAUUUUUUUUAUUCCAUUCAAACGUUCAAUAGAUUUAAAAUGAAGAUCUUUUUUCUGGAAGCUUUGCUAGAUAUAUUGAUCUCAAAUAUAAUAUCAAAUCACUAAUUUUUUGUUGUUUCAAAUCCCUUAGCUUCCGCGUGGGACUGAUUUUCAUGUGCUCCAGUUAGGGAAACAUCAUCAGUAAUUGAACUAUGGCAUUGUAAAUUUUAACUGUUUGGUAUCAUAUUACUUUCAAAGCAUUAACUAGUGGCAUAGCAAGGGUUAGUGCCACUGGGGAAGGCUAAGAUUUAUGCUGGCCCCCCUCCCCCCCAAAUUCCUAAAAUGACAACAACCAAGUUUGAGCGAAAAUUCCUCCCCUAAUUGUGAAGAAAAAAAUGACACUCUGGGAACCCCCCUCCACCCCCUUUUUUUUCUUGCCUUUUUACAUUUAAACUUGCAGCCUCUUUGACAUUUUCCAAUAAUAUAUUCAAAUAUAUUUGAGUGAUAUUUUGCAUACCAAAAUUUAUAUAAUAGUAAAUUAAACCAAAAAUACAUUACUGCUUCCAAGCAACAGGUUGCAGCAUCAUUAACCAUCAAAUUUAAUAAAUACGCUUGCAAGGAUAAGCACUCUUCUAACUCAUUGUUUGCUCCACUAUCAUCAUGUAAACAUUUAUUUUUAUUUAUAUAUAUAUAUAUAUAUAUAUAUAUUCUUUUUUAUUUGCAUCUGCUGGAAUUUGCCACCCCUUGAAAGACUGCUCCAGACAGUCAUCUAUUAUCACCUACACUACCUAAGGCUGACAGUGGCAAUAAUACAAGCCUACUACUGGCUAGGACGAGAGCUCCAAGGCCUAAGUACUUACAUUUUCUAAAAUUUUCAAAAGUGUUUGUUGUUUGCCUUAAAAUAAACAGAAUUUUGGAAGGAUAGCUGUAAGCCUUUAACCCCCCAACCCCCCCAAAAAAAAUUGAAAAAAAAUAAUAAUAAAAUAAAAAAAAUGUCUAUUUCUAUUCCUAAUAGAAGUUGAGCAAGGAAUUUGUUUGCAAAAUUUGGAACAAACUUAUAAAAAAACAAAAUUUAAAGAAAAGAGGAUACUUGUACCAAAUUUCCAGGAAACAUUCAAAAUAUCAUGUACAGAAUAAUGAACCAGAAAGUUUUAAAUGAAUAGCAAACUAUUUAUUUUGCAUCAUUAUAUUUGAAGGAAACUUUAAACAAAAAAUACAAAUGAGAAAAUCUGUAAAUCAUACUAAUCCUUUUUUUGUUGUUGUUGAUAUUUUAAAACAUAGUUAUUGAACAAUUAUCUUUUUUUUCCCUUCAAUUUCAAUAGAAUUGUUAAAAUAUCGAUAUUUUCUGUGUUCCCUACAUGACAGCUGGUCAUAUUUUGUAGCUUUGAUGCUGAUCAUUAGAUGACAAUGAGUGCUGAAAAAGCAACAGAAGUUAUACAUGGGCCAGACACAUGCACAUACACACCCUGCUACUGGUAAGAUUAACAAUAAUUAGACUUAAUGAUGUUUUUUUUUUGGAAACUGUCACAAAUUAUUUUAAGUUUUCUAUCUCAAAAUUAAUGUCUAAUUGUUAAAAUAGCACUAACGUAAUAUAAUCAUAUGAUUAGUAAAGGUUCACCAUCAAUGUAAAAAAAGAAAGCCUUUUAAAAAUAAAGAAUAUGUUUAAUUUUUUUUUAAAAUUUAUUCUUCUUACCCAGUGAAGAAAAUGUAUGGAAAUUAUGUGAACGUAUACAACAGCGCUGCAGUGAGGCAGAGCUUUCAAAAUGCUCUUGUGUUUUUAUUUCUAACAAUGAAAGAAAGGUGAAUGCAAAUUUAAAACUUUUUGUUAACCUUGAUCCAAGAGUGGACCAAACAGUUUUAAUUUAUUUUAAAAAGUUAAAUAAUAGUUGUUAGCUCAGUUCUGUAAAUCAAGUACUUUAAACAUUUUGUUGGUCAUUCUGACCUAUACAUUUGGGAUUUAUUUCAGUUCAUAAUAUUCCUUCUAAUUUUUUAAAUAGAUAAUGAAAACAGUUAUUAUCCUUCAAAUAUUCUAAGAAAGUAUAGCUAUUACAAUCAAUCCUGUUGUUGCAGAUUCCCCUCUGGCACCAGAAGGCCAGCAAAAGUGCAGACAGAUGUGUCAUAUGGGUGAGUAGGACAUCAGCGCACACACAGGAGCCAACUGAAUGUCUCUGUUGGCAUGUGUAAAAAAUGCAGGGCAUCCAGUCACUGUUUAUCCUGGCACUGGAGUUUUCUAACUGGCAUCAUAAUUUUUGUGGUUUACCUAGCACCUGAGAUAAUAAAAAUAAUGAUAAUAAUAAUAAUAAAGUUUAUUUGAAAAUCACGCUUCAUCCCCAAAGGCUCGAAGUGCACUAAAUCAUAUCCAUGGAUUUACAGACUUUGAGAUUGAGACAACGCCUUUGUCAGUGAACUUUGAAAGAGAAUACACUCAGUGAGACAGGUACCUCUUCCUCGAUCAAGACACUAGAAGAAAUAUGCAUUAUCUCAAAUCAUGGCAAAGCUCCAAGUGUAGACUCCAUCCCAGCCACAUUCUACAAAGAAGGGGCGUCAGUUCUGCAAGGCUCCACCAUCUGUUCCUACUAAUGUGGUAGCAAUUGACGUUCCUGCAGGAUUUCAGAGAUACUGCUAUCGAUCACUGUGCUCUGGUGUUCUUAAAUCGAAUCCAUCUAUGCAGCUGAUGAGAUCUUGCAGAACUGGGUGAUGUGGUCCUAUUUCUUUAUAUGUGAUACGCUGGUUGAUUGUUAUGAGUGAAAAGUUUAGCUACUAAACAAUAUCUAACUAUUCAGGAAUAACAAAUUUGAGAGCAACAUUUCAAAAUGAGAAAAUGUGGAGAGAUUGCACUGCUUCUUGUUUAAGCGAUUCGUGAACAGGAAGUAUUUGUUAAUAGCGUUGACUGUUUUUGUUUAUAUUAAUUAAUAUAUAGAAUGGAAAACACAGAAUAAGUCCACCGAUUCUUAGUUAUGUUCGAAAUAAAUUAUAUUCAUACGUCAAGGAGAUGUUCAGAUACGACUUUAUCAAACUAUCAGGAAUAAAACUUGAGAGAAACUUUCCAAGAAAUGAGAAAAUAUAGAGCCAUUUCACCGCUGCCUGUCAGGUGCUUGUGAACCGGAACUGCAUAUGGGAUAAUGGGACUGGAUCCUGAUUAUUUUAGUUCCCCUAAUCUGUAUAUUAGUAUAGAUCUUAACUAGACCCUAUAUGACUACUUUGUACCUGCAUUAAAAUGUAUUUUGAAAGUUUAAGAAAAAUACAUUAAUAUAUUUUUUUCUCGUUGUUACACACAGACUUUAUUUAAAUGUUAGGAUUUUUGUAUGAAACAAGGAUUGAUGUUUAAUUUAGACUUAUGUAAAACUGGAGCAGCUCAGACAACUUUUCCUCCCUUCAUUAAUAUUGUAGGAAACAUGGCUCCUCCCCCACCACCAUGGGUCCAAAAAAAUUAUGACAGAAAUAAAUAAAGUAAUAAUUAUCAAUCUUAAGCUCAACAUAGUCACAUGACCUCAUAAAAUCUUUUUGAUGUUUUUAAAAUAAUGACUUUAAAAUAAUUAUUCAUAUUAACUUCACCUUCAGCCAACAGCCUAAUUAUAAAUAAAUUGACCCCUACCCUUUCACCACGGUCUGUAAUGUAUGUUAUGUUUAUUUCAUUUAUAUUUUAUAUUGUUUCUUCUGUUUUUGUUUUUCUUUAAAUUCAACACUACCUGCAGUUUCCUUUGACACUGGUACAGAAAGUUGCAAUAAAAAUAUAUUUUUUUUCUUUUUGAUACACUUUUUUCUUUCUCUUAAUAUACUAUUUUUAAAAUUUCAAGACUAAUGAUGCACAUGCCAGUUAUGAAGAUCAGGAGAGGUGUAAAGAAAGUGUAAAAAUGUCUAUGAGAAUGAGAAUUUUUUCCUCACAAAAUUGAGCUGCGAGACAAAAUGAUGGACACAAAACUCAGUUGAUACAAAUGUAUUUAUCCCACACAGGACUACCAUGUGAUCCUCUUGUAUCAUGAUACGCCAGUGACACUUGUGUAUGACCUGGACACAGAGUUGAGCUUCCCUUGCCCACUGAAAGAAUAUGCCGCAGCCUGCAUUGGUAGUGAGAGCACAUUCAAGCAGGAAUAUAAAAGGUUGUUCCAUUGGUCAGUGAACAAAAUGCGCACCAACUAAUGAAUAGUGAAAUAGUUUAAUAACCUGGAGAAGUAAUUCCCAACCCUUUUAACUCUCUGACCCUUUUAAAAUCCUUUAUACUAACUUAAUUUUUGUUCAUGUGUUUCUGGCUGGCAAAAUCUUGAGACGGCUAAUGGACCCACUUAACAUCAACCUAUUAAACUGAAACUUGGCACAUAGAUUUGAUGCCGAUGAAAACCUAUUCUAUAACGCUUUCAGCCCCAACACACAGAAAAUCUGUUUUUGAGGGGAAGAUGACACUGAGUUCACAAAAUAAAAUUCCUAAUAAAUCAACUAAAUGAGAUUUUUUUUUUUUUUUUAAAUCGCACAUGUGUUUGUUUUCAUAGUAUUUUCUUUGGGUUUUCCGAUAUAGUUGGUGAAAUAAUACUGGGGUGUAAAAGCAGGUGGGUCAUUAUAUUUUAAAUAUAGUUCAGGAUUAUGAUAAAAAAAUGUGCGGUUGUUAGCCUUUUGGGUUGGGGGGGGGGGGGCUUUUAAUUGGGAUUCUUAUAAAGUGUGUUACUUGUAUGCAUGAUUUGUCAAACUUUCAAUCCCAUCCCAUCCCAUCCCCCAUUUCUCAAUAUUACAUUUUGUAAAGGAUUUAUAGAAAAAGUUUGUUUUUAGGGGUUUUUAAUUUUAGAAUCAAUUUAUAUGGGAGCAGCAGUACAGGCUACGCUAAAGAAUUUUUUACAUGUGAAAUUUUUUUAAGUUGUAAAUCUUAUUUGAAUAUUUAAAAGUAAAACUUUUUCAACACUGUUAGAAUCUGUUGGCUUACAGUUGCCUGUAUGUUAAGAAAUCAGAGUGAUUGUUGUUUUUAAUUGACAGAAUGUUUCGGGUGGUUCCUGCUCAAGAUUACCUCACAACAUUUGCAUCAGACCGGUCACACAUGAUCAGCACAAAAGGGGAGUGGCUAUCGCCUCCUCCAGAUUACCCGCCAAUCAAAAGCACAGGUCUGUAAAUGGUCAGCCAAUACUUGUGAAAAAAAAAAAUCAAAGGCUGGGGGAGCUAUGGGCAUCCAUAAAGCUCUUUUCACUUGAGAAGGGCGAGUUGGGCUAAGAAAUUGUAACAGCUUGUGAUUUCUGUAAGGGGGAGGGGGGUUAACCUCUUGUCUGAAGCAACAUGUCCUUGAUUUUUUUUUUUAUCAGAUAUAAAUCUUGAAAUUGACAGACAUCCAACUAUCUGAUGAGAUGAAUGUGUUUUGACACAAGAUGUCCCUUUUAUAAAUUUAAUAUUCUAAUAGUUUUUUUUAGAUUAAAUUUUAAUUAGUUAAUUUUUGUACCCUUAAUGUGCAAUGCUAUGCCUCUCAUGUUACUUAUAACCUAAUAUAUAUAUAUAUAUAUAUAUAUAUAUAUAUAUAUAUAUAUAUAUAUAUAUAUAAUGUGAUAUAUUUUGUAUUCUUAUUGUGUGAUAUUCUAUCUCUCUUAUGUUUUAUAUAAUAAUAUAUAUAUAUAUAUAUAUAUAUAUAUAUAUAUAUAUAUAUAUAUAUAUAUAACCAGUGUUACAGCUCAUUACUGGCUAAUUGUUAAGAUAAUUUACUGCUAUGGAAGCACGAGACAGAACCGAUACUUUUCAUCACCUAUCACUUUAUUCACACAUUACAAUUCACAGUAAAAAAUAAGCCUCCAAGUUGGAAUAACAUAAUUGUCUUGAUCUCAUACACUCCACAUAAUUUAUAAUACACACCGUUGGAAGAUAGCUAUUCACAAGAGCAAGAAUUCACAAUCAUUAAGUUUUAGCCCUAAGUUUAACACAAUGACAAUAUUAGACACAACGGUAAAGGUUAACAUGAUGCCAAAGCUAAACACUGGUAUUUAGUUUUAGCAGUAAGUUUAACACAAUCACAAUAUUAGACACAAUGCCAAAGCUUAAUACAAUGCUAAUGCUAAACACAAUGCCAAUGUUAAAUUCAACAUGACACAUAACAUUAUUGUUAAAAAGUUACCAUGGAUAAUUGCUCUAAAGCCCACUUGUUCAUAAGUUCAUAAGGAAAAGUUUAUCUGACCUCAAAAUGAAAUGCUAAUGUAAGUUAUUUGGUGCCAAAGAAUAUGUAAAAUGAUAUUUUUAAGGGGCUUAAAAUGAAUGAGUCUUCUUCCCUUCUCUUGGUUUUUAAAAAAAUGUUAUCUUGUAGAACUAUGGCGAAACACAGGAAUUAAAAAUUGUUGAAAUAAAAUUUGUUUAAAAGAUGAAAUUGAAACUUUAUUUAACUUCAAGAAGAAAAACAAAUCAAAAAUAUAAUUAAUGUAAGUGCAGAUAUUUAUCAAUAUUAAAUGAUUCUGGUAGCCAAAAUUGUAGAGCCGCCUGACAUACAAAGACCUUAGUGAUCUGCAAUAAUAAUUUAAUUAUUCAAUGUACAUGAUGAAAAUAAUUACUAUAUACUAUGACACCCCACUUAUUUCCCUGAAAUAUUUUUCUUUAAAUGUCAGCUUUAAACUGAAUAUAUAUUGGAAUAAGCUGAGGGCACUUCAUCUGCCCCAUGUAUACCAUUCAUGUAUCAUUAGUGUAUGCUUCAUUUGGUCUGGUUAAUUUGAGAAAAAUAUAGGUCUGCUUUUUUUACUCUUUAUUUUCAUUAACUUCAUUACAUCUUUUUUAAACAGCCUUUUUUUUUUCCCACUUGAGAUUGAUUACAUGUCAGAUGUGAGGCAAUGACAAUUUUAACUUGGUUUGAACAGUCAAAAAAUUUAUCUCCUCUGCUUAAUGUUCUUGUUGACAGGCUCCAGUAACAACAUCGACGAAUUUAUUUCCAUGGACAGCUCAACAAACCACGGAAUGGUCCUCACACUCCAGCAGUUCCUCAACAAGUUUCAGGUUUACUUAUGAUCCCAAGAGUUUUAUGUGCUACGCCCAGCACACAGUAGCGCACGCAGUACAAAACCACGACUUAAUCAAACACUUAUGUACACAGAUAGUAACACUUUGAUGAAGUGUGGAUAAAAACCAUCAACAGAUAUUGUUGGAAUAUACUUGAUUUUGGAAAGCAAAUUUUAAACUGGAU